AUGGUUUCAUGGAAGGUAUAUCGGCUAUGCAAGCAGAUUGAGACGGUGACUUCCGAUUUGGCGCAGGAUCCCUCCCAAGAUCCCUCCAAGGUGUUCAAUCGGCUAUAUGAAAACCACCACGAUCACAUACACGCGACAGAAGGUGAAGCGGGAUCUGAAGCAUUUUCGGAAUUUGAAAAAACAGAUGACUUAGCAAGGGCACGGUCAUGCGGCAAUUGGGGAUCUGCCGAGCCCACAUGGCAGAUCUAUCAUGAUGUACUCGGCUCCCUGGAAAACAACCCAUUCGCAGGCGUCGUGUCGCCUCCCCUAAUUGGAAGGACGGGUGUAGUACCCUUGACGAUCGUGGCCCCAUUACCGGACCUGUGCCGACACCUAGCAAACUGUAUUGUUCGAGCCGAACAUGAGAUUUUCCUGGGAACCAAUUUCUGGAUUCAUUCAGAUGCCUCAAUGUUGAUCACGGAUGCUAUUCGGGAAUUGUCUCGAAGAGCCGGGAAAAGGGGGCAGACCAUCAUCAUGAAAAUGGUCUAUGAUCGUGGAGAUCCACGACAGGCAUGGGAGAAUCGGUUGAGUGUCCCAGAAGAACAAUAUGUAGGCGGUAAAGUGAGACUCCCUGCAGCCCAAGAGAUCCCCAAUGUCGAUCUCCAAGUAAUCAACUUUCAUCGACCCAUUUUUGGAACUUUUCAUGCAAAAUUUACCGUGAUCGAUCGUUGCAUAGCGCUUUUACAAAGCAGCAAUAUUCAAGACAAUGACAAUCUGGAGAUGAUGACCCAUAUUGAGGGACCCAUCGUGGACUCGUUCUAUGAUACGGCUCUUCUGUCUUGGGGAAAGCCCUUGGAUCCUCCGUUUCCGCUGCUGGAGCUCCCAGCGAAGCAAGCCCCGAAUCCUUCUCUGGGCAAGGAGAACAUCAAGUUUCAGCCUGGUAUUCAAAUUGACACACAGCAAAGUCCACAGACCACCAGACCAGAUUGUUCGUACCAAGCCAAUCUCGAGCGAGAGGCAUUGCACGUCAACAAUAGCGUGAUUCCACAAGGGGAUGAAACGUCUGUGCAGGCGGUGACGCGGCAUUUAAACACAACACUCCAAUCUGACACUACGGGAGAAGCGCCCGAAAGUGACCAGGAGCCUAGAAUGAUGCCAUACAUUACUCUUCCUCCCCAUGAACCAGUCCCAAUGGCUCUCGUUAACAGGGAACCGUAUGGAGCCCCAAAUCACAAUAGCACCAAUACCCCUCAGAAUGCGGCCUGGAUCUCAGCUAUCAAUCAUGCCCAGCAUUCCAUAUUCAUUCAAACCCCGAAUAUGAAUGCAGAGCCGUUGCUUGCGCCGCUUCUAAAUGCAAUUCGACAUGGAGUAACAGUGUCCUGUUACUUGUGCCUGGGGUACAAUGAUGCUGGGGAGCUUUUGCCAUUUCAAAACGGGACAAAUGAGAUGAUUGCAAACCGCUUAUACAACUCCCUCGACUCAGAUAAUGAUAAAGCCCGACUGCGUAUCUAUUAUUAUGUUGGCAAAGACCAAACUCGGCCAAUUCAUAACCAAUUCAAGAAGCGCAGCUGUCAUAUUAAAUUGAUGAUUGUAGAUGAGCAGAUUGCCAUCCAAGGAAAUGGAAACCUUGAUACCCAGUCUUUCUUUCACAGCCAGGAAGUAAAUGUCCUCCUGGACUCGAAAUUAAUUUGCACGACAUGGCUGGAUGCCAUCAACAGGAACCAGAACACUGCAAAAUAUGGAGCUGCUAGCAGUCAGGAUGGCUGCUGGCAUGACUUAAUCACGGGUGAAAUUCCUCCAGGGUCUAUUGGCACUCACCCAGGCCGGUUCAGUUGGGCUCGGGGGUUCUUCGGUGCUGUAAAGCGUGUCAGAGGAGUUGGAGGGUUCUAG